GUGACAGCGCGCAACCCUCGCUGUCUUCCGCGCUGAUGUUUCGUCAGUUCGUUGGCUGUUGACGCAGCGUUCUGUCGAAGGUGUCCGUCACCGUUUUUUGCAGGGAAGAAGACGCGCGUCUGCCAUCUGUGCGCCCCUCCCUCUUUCCCUCCCUCUCUGGCUCGCAGCAUCCUUGGCAGGCAGAAACCCGACGCUCCCGAUCGCCGCUGUCGCGGUUUUUGAAUGAACAUUUGAGGUGUUUCGCCAGGUGCUGCUGAAUGCGGCGGCGUUCGGUGACGCUUCACGGGGCGAACGUGCGUCAAGGAGCGGAGCGUGGAGCUGGUUUGGAACGCAUUUUUCGCUCUUCAGCUGGAAUUUUCCAAGGGCGCCAGCAUGCGGCAGAGAUGAUCUGCCGGAUGAAGUGAGCAGGUCAGGGAGAGGGCCGUGCAGUCACCGACUUUCCAGAGUUGUCUCCUUUUUAAAGCAGGGUUCCAGCUUUUCUCCUUACACCGCCUGCGUUUGGGAGGAUGCCACGUCAUGAGAUGAUCGACAAAAAAAGCCGCAGCUUCUCUGACUCCGUCUGAUUCCGAUGGUGCUCUGAAAUAAACUGUUGAUGUUCAGUCAUCGCUGCGCGCGCGGACGGAUCACAGCAUCCACCUAUAUUUUUCGGAUUGCAUAAAAUGAUACCUGGAUCUGCCGCAUCAAUGCUACCGUCUGCAGAAGCUGCGAAACUCUACCAGACCAAUUACGUCCGCAACUCUCGAGUCAUCGGACUUCUUUGGGCCAUUUUCACUAUCCUGUUCGGCAUCGUGAACAUGACCAUCUUCUCGCAGCCCUAUUGGAUUGGGGAUGGCGUGGACACGCCGCAGGCCGGCUACUUCGGCCUUUUCCACUAUUGCAUCGGGGACGGACACUCCAGAGACCUGGCCUGCCAGGGCAGCUUCACCGAGUUCGCCGCCAUCCCCUCCAGCGCCUUCAAGGCCGCCUCCUUCUUCAUUGGAAUGUCUAUGACGCUGGUGGUCACCUGCAUUGGCUGCUUCAGCCUCUUCUUCCUCCUCAGUACCUCCACCGUCUACAAGAUCUGUGGCUGGAUGCAAGCAUUAUCAGGUGUGUGUCUGGUGCUGGGCUGUAUGAUCUAUCCCGACGGCUGGGAUAGUGACGAGGUCAGGCGGAUGUGCGGAGAGAAGACGGACAAAUACAGCCUGGGGGCCUGCUCCAUGCGCUGGGCUUACAUCUUGGCAAUCAUGGGGAUCCUGGACGCCCUCAUCCUCUCCUUCCUCGCCUUCGUCCUGGGGAACAGGCAGGACGGCCUCAUGACAGAAGAGCUGCUGGCUGAAAGCAAAGAGGGAGGGAACGCCUAAGCAAAUAUUUGGUGAGUGUACUGACAGAAGAAAAUCUUGAGAUUUCUGGGUUUUGAUGCUUCCAUUUUUUUCAUGACUCAUCACCUUAUGAGAGGAAAACACUAUGGGUUCACAAGGAGGAAAAAAUACUCUCCUUCUACGACUACCUGCAGAAAAUCCAAUAUAAUCUGCCUUUGCAUCAAACCCAAGUUUGCUACAUCUGACUCCAGCAUUUAGAUGGGCCCAGCACACCUCCAACCACAUGUGUCCCCAGAGCUAAACCUUUACGCAGCACUGAAUAGACCAUGGCAGGAGAAGAGACUGUUAUCCUGUUUAGAGGAAGAGGACAUGGAAUACCCCCAUCCUGCCUGACAACACAUGGACACUCACACAUAUGCAGAAACCAGAUGGGGACUUAGACUUGAGCCAGAUUUAAAAUAAAACACACCUUCACUCUAGACUCAACAUCAACUUUAGACUCGACUUGUGAACAAUUUUCCCUUUUUAUUUUAAAUGUCGCCGGUCUAGAAGAGGUCUUUUUAAUGGUUUUCCUCUGUUAUUUUAUUGGAGGGGAUGGAUAAAGGCACCACAAGAUGUCACAAAAUGACAUACGGAAGAACAGAACAUUCUUUAUUUUAAAAUUAUUUUUAAGACAUCAGGCUUUAAUUUACAGCCACAGACUCUGGACUUGUCUUGGAUUUGUGACCAAAGACUUCAACCUUGACUUGGACUUGUGAGCUUCUACAGCAGUCACACAACUCUGUACAAAUAAGCAACAAAACCAUAAUAAACGGUUGUAAUUACAAGUAUCACAUUUCAAAACUAGCUGUAUGUGUUACCAUUAGAAUGCAUUAUGUUUGUAAAAAAAAAAAAGUAAAUGUGAAUCUGUUGUGUUUAGGUUAAAGAAUAAUACUCAAAGUUUGGGUCCAUUCUUUUAUUUAUAUUCCACUUUGUCCCCCUUAUUGUACUAGAAGAAAAUAUUUAAGACUGUUUUAUAAAACUAUCAACAUUUACUUGUAUUACAAAGUAUGUACAGUGAAUAUUUAAAAUUAUGUAGGAAUUUCAACUUAAUCAAUUCAGCACCCUGCUAGCUAACUUUGCACAGUGCUUCAUUUUCAGAGGAGACCUGCUGUUUUGUAGUUUGUGUGACUUCACUGUGAUGGUGGCUGUCCGGUUUGACUGCUGCAGGGCUCCCAGCUGCUGGCUGAGGGGGCUUUCUGUGUGUGAAUGUUCCAGCGAGUGCAUGCACAUGCGAGGUGUGAACAUAGGUUUGUCGGGCCAGCGUCACACAUUACUGUCCAGUCUCUGUCUGCCUUUGUCUCCAGCCUGGCUGUUCUGUUUCUCUUCGAUUGCUUUUCUGUGUUUAGUUGGGACAUACAGGGUAAAGCAGGAGUAUAGAGACAGAGAGGAAGUGAGGCUUGUCCCACCUUAACCUCUGGAUCUGUACCCAUGUAAAAGGAAAUUCUGUAGAUAUUGAUUAGAACUUUUAUCAAGGCGGGGAUCAGCUUAGACCAAUACAAAUGUUUCCUUGGAAAAUAUAUAAAUACUUAAUAAAGGUUUUCACUGUAA